AGCGGCUCCGUCCCCCCGGGAACGGCGCUUCCUGCGAGGAAAUGGGCUGGGGAGCGCCGGGAUCCGGCGGGGACACUGCGGUGCCAGCCGGCCCUGCUGCGUGCCCGGGCAGCCCUGCUGAGUCUCCCGGCAUGAGGUGGCUUUGGGUGGUGGCUUUGGUGGCACCCGCCUGCACUGUCCCCUACAACGGCACUGGGAGCACUGGGGAUGGGGACAACGGGGACAGAGGUCCCUGCACCCCUCAGCACGGCCCCCUGGGCACCGAGGUGCUGCUGCCGUGCCCGGGGGGUGUGGCUGAGUGGCGCCGGGGUGACACCAUCCUGGGCACAUCCCCGGCCCCGGGGCUGGCCCUGCCCAACGCCAGCCUGGCCCACGAGGGCCACUACAGCUGCCACCACCCUGUCACCGGCGAGACCUGGGCCAGCAUCUGCCUGCGGCUGGGCUACCCGCCCUCACCACCGGCCAUCGAGUGCUGGGCCACCAGCUACCCCCAGGCUGUGAACUGCUCCUGGCGGCUGAGCCCUGACCCCCUGCUGGACACCGACUUCGUGGCUACCUACAGGCACGGCACAGACUCAGCUGAGUGCAGCCUCACGGGCCCCUGGAGCUGCUCCUUCGGGGACCUGCAGGUGUUUUCCAUGACUCCCUACGAGCUCAAUGUGACAGCCCGGAAUGCCCUGGGAGCUGCCACCAGAACCCUGCUCUUCCUGCUGGAGAACAUUGUAAAGCCAGACCCCCCUGAGGCCCUGCAGGUCUCCCCCAUCCCGGGGGAGCCCCAGAAGCUGCUGGUGGAGUGGAGCCCUCCCUCAUCCUGGCCAUUCCCGGAGUAUUUCCCGCUCCAGUACCGCAUCCGCUAUUCCUGGGACAACAACUCCGUCCCCACCACGGUGGGGCCGUACGAGGUGACAUCCCUCACCCUGACCGACCUGCAGCCCGGCAGCCUCCACCACAUCCAGGUGGCCGCCAAGGACCUGGCGGAUUCCGGGGAGUUCAGCGCCUGGAGCCUGCCGGCCUCGGGGACACCCUGGCUGGGGCUGUGACAGCCAGGCAGGGCCCUGUCCCCAUGCCAGGCUGGCUCCUGUCCCUUGUCCCAGCCCAGCAGCACAGAGCCACCAGUGCUCAGGAACGGGCAAUAAAUGGGCUUGAGGUCUGUUCUAA